ACAAAUUUGUUGUUUUCAGGAUAGAGGAUGACACAAAACUCCCUAUUGUGGGUGAUCAAAAGUGGGUAAUUUGGAUUUAUUCCUUCAAUGUACCAAUGGCACCUGGAAAGACUCGUUCCAUUGUUUGCAGUGCUAGAAAUUUCUUUCAGUUUACAAUGCCCGAGCCCACAUGGUGGCAGGUUGUUCCACGAUGGCAUGAACAUUGGACAUCAAACAAAGUAUAUGAUGGUGAUAUGAUUGUUCUUUAAGGUCAAGAAAAAGCUUUUUUAUCACAAUCAAUGGAAGAUGUCAACAAAAACUUCAGAAAACUCACAUUUACCCCAACACAAGCUGAUCGAUUUGUAUUAGCAUUCAGAAACUUGCUCGGAAGACAUGGGAAAAGUCAACCCGAAUGGUUUGGUCAACCCAACAUCCAAUCACUACCCUCCACAUACCUAUCCAAACGCCAGAUGUUGGAUAGAUUUGAGCAACAUACAUUGAAAUGUUCUUCAAGUAAGAAAACACAUGAAAGAUUUGAGAUAUUGAAGAAGGUUUUAGUGGGAGGGUGUGUUGUACUUUGUGCUGCUGCUGGUGUACCUUCUGAGAUGCAAAUGCGUGCUGUUUUUGCGGGAUUUGCGGUUUUGAGUGCGGUUUUGGCUUAUUAUUGUCAUGAACUACAUAAGAAUUUUGUUUUUGUGGAUUAUGUUCAUGCUGAUAUUGAUUAAUUAAACUUGGUAUAAUGUGGAUAUUUUGGCAUUGUUAGUGAACUAUAUUGAUGUAUUUAAUACUUUGUUUAUAGAAAUUAGAUGGUGGUGUUAUA